GACCUUGCGAACUUUUGGGCAUGCGAAUCAUAACCGUUACCAACUUUGUUCCCUUCAUUCGUGAUCCCGCCGUGUUGAAACAUCCAAGGCUGGCUCGUAGAUUCUUUGGUUGGAGACCAUUGCCGGAUCUACCCCCACAAGCUCCUAUUUUUAUUGACGCUGUUUCAUGUAGAGAGAGACACGCGGGAUUGCAGAUUGCAGAUUGCAGGAUGUUAUAAUUUGUUGGAAUUCCCUAUGGAUCUCUAUUCUCCCCAUAUGCAGUUCUUAAAUUUUUUUGGACUUGUUGGUUUUUUUGGUCCUUAGCAAGAUUCUUUGUUUCUAGUCACUCUUUUUAUGAGCCAAUUGAUACGUAUCAAAAUGGCUCGCACACUCCUUUUCCAACUUUUUCUUUUCGUAAAUUCUACAUUCGCUUUCGUUCAUCCCGGCCUCCUCGUGUCUGAGACGGACAUCACUCGCAUCAAAUCCAAGCUCACCCAAAAACUGGAUCCGUGGCAAAGCUCAUGGGAUAAACUCACCAGUAUUUCCUAUGGACAAUCAAACUAUACAAACAAUGCUGUCGCUCGCGUUUAUCGCGACGCUGCUACUGAUAUAACAGCAAACGCCGAGCUUCUUUGGCACGAUGCUGCUGCGGCUUUCGCACUCGGAUUGCGGUGGAAGAUAGAGGGGGAUGCUCAGUAUGCUGAAGCUGCAGCAGCCAUUCUCACUGCGUGGGGAGAAAAGCUGGAAGAUUUCGAUGAUGUGGAUGACCAAUAUCUUACAACUGGUUUGCAAGGUCAUGAAUUGGUCAACGCUGCAGAACUCAUUCGAGACUAUGCUCCCUUUGCGGAGAGCGGUUUGACUACUUUCAACGCCAUGUUUGAGAGGACUUUCUUGGCUAAAAAUUUAUAUUUCCUCAACCACAGCGCCGGAUCUGAACAUAACGUCAAGCAUUUCUUUGCCAACUGGGAACUUUGCAAUAUGGCCUCCGUGAUGGCAUUUGGUGUUUUGACUGACAACUCCACUCUAUUCGAUUACGCUGUGAAUUAUUUCAAGACUGGAUCUGGAAAUGGUGGAAUUAACAACUGUAUUUCUAAUCUCGUUAACGAACCGGAGACGGGAAAGAUUAUGGGACAACCUCAAGAAGCCGGACGUGAUCAAGGACAUACCGGUCUCGAUUUCCAGAUGCUUGGAGUUCUUGCCCAGCAGGCUUGGAACCAGGGCGAGGAUCUGUAUGGUUACAACAAUAGCAAGAUUCUACUAGGUGCGGAAUACUACGCGCGCUAUAACCUCAACAACGAUGUUCCCUUCGAGCCCUACACCAACGGCAUAGUUUCCUACACCACAGUCAGCGACGAUUCUCGCGGUGCCUACCGCCCCACCUGGGAAUUACUCUACGCGCAUUACGGACAAAUCAAAGGCGUCGAUGCGCCCUGGACAAAAGAAUACAUGAACUAUACCGUCACCACGAUGGGCGGUUUCGAGGGCGGUGCAGGUUCCUGGGGCGAGGGAUCAGGUCAUUACGAUGGACUCGGAUGGGGUUCUUUGCUUUACCAUUUGGAUCCCGAGGAUAUCGCUACGGCGGGUAACAAUUCUCUCUCGACUUCGAAUUCCACAAGCUCUUUCACAAGCACUACUAUUGCGUCCAUGUCGACAUCAACUAGCGUGCCAAGCUCAACAGCCGUUGUAGCAGCUUCGAGCUCUAUUACGUCGAAAGAGGCAAUCGCGACUACGCUUUCAGUAGCUAGUUCCGCUAGUACUCUACAAACCGUUGUUAUUCCCACAACAUCUGUUAUUGAAUCCGCAUCUCCAAGUCUUACAAGCGCCGCAGUAGUUUCUACACCAACUGCAACUGAAGACGAAGAAGAAGAUGAUGAAUGUUUUGAAAUGGAGUAGAUUUAGGUGCUGGUGCGCCGCACAGCUGCGAUUGAUCGAGUCGGUUUGUAUCCCACGUGUAGGUAAAAUUCUCAUUCUCUGUACAUAAAUUUAUAAAAAUUCACAAUGAUUGCACUUCUUUGCA